UUCGUUGUUUCUUGGAUUGUUGUUUUUGUUUUGUUUUCUAAUACUAAUCAACUACACGAUUGUUUUCAAGAAAUUAAUAUCGAGUGAGUUAUCUUCGUCUCUUUGGAAGCAUGCUCUUGGUUUUCAUUUUGGUGGAACUGUUUCAGAACGUGGAACUGACACUUCAGCCGCUCAGUACGGCGUUUGGGAAUAAGUUCUUGCUGACCUUGCCCAGAAUGAUCUCAUCAUCCAGCACUGCAACGUUCUUUUUGUAUUCACCUGUGAACAGCUCUGUAACAGUCUAUUUCUCAGUAUUGUCCCACAAUACGUCCUCCAACCUAACAGCCGUCAUAAAAGCAUCUCGUGUGACAAUAGUUCGACCCCACAGCAUAUACAACACUGACCUAGAUGUGGGAAAAAAGUUUACGUUUGCCUUGAAGGGGAACAAUACGUUUGGCAUGUCCGUGCAAAUCUGUCAGGGCGCCCAUUACCUGGACAUGUACACGGUCCUCCCUGUGGCCGCCUGGGGGAAGAAGUACAUCGUGGUAACGCUGAGACAGAAUCCGACACUACAAAUCAUUAACUCUAUGGCUAAGAACGAGAUUACGCUGACGUUUAAAAAGCACAUAAUAGAAGAGAUACAAUAUUUUACUCCGGGCGUAGGAUAUUUCCUAAACCUGUUGCUGAGGUCUUUCCAGUCGUACAGUAUAUCCAAGUGUGAUGACAAACUCGAGUCUAUGACUGGUACAAUUAUUGAAUCUAAUUUUCCCGUUGGAGUCAUCACAGGCAGCUGCUUGUCAGAUACCGAGUUUCUGAUUUGCAAUACUUCAAAGGUUGUAAAAGGCAAAAAAGGAACUUUAAAUACUGCAUCAGGCAAGUACUGA